GACCCAGAGAAAAGAGCAACAAUGCAAAAACUAACCUUGGCAAUACACGAUCUCAGGGCAAAGGUUGUUUUGUGUGGGUCAAAUACAGAAUGAGGAGCAGAAGUACAUAACCUUUCAGAUCUAAAAGACUACAAUUCUGGGAAUCUGGAGGUUGAACUGACGGAAGUUCCACAGUUAGGAGGCAAAUGAGGCCUGCUCGGCGCCGGUUCUGCCGCCACCAUGUCUCUAGUGAUCCCUGAGAAGUUCCAGCACAUUUUGCGAGUACUCAACACCAAUAUCGAUGGGCAGUGCAAAAUAGCCUUCGCCAUGACUACCAUUAAGGGUGUGGGACAAAGGUACGCCCAUGUGGUGCUGAGGAAAGCAGACAUUGACCUGACCAAGAGGGCAGGAGAGCUCACUGAGGACAAGGUGGAAUUGGUGAUCACCAUCAUGCAGAACCCGCGUCAGUACAAGAUCCCGGACUGGUUCUUGAACAGACAGAAAGACGUCAAGGACAGAAAGUACAGCCAGGUCCUGGCCAACGGUCUGGAUAACAAGCUCCGGGAGGAUCUGGAGUGGCUGAAGAAGAUCCACGCCCAUCGAGGGCUGCACCACUUCUGGGGCCUUCGCGUCCGAGGCCAGCACACCAAGACCAUGGGCUGCCGCGGCCGGACUGUGGGUGUGUCCAAGAAGAAAUGAGUCUGUGGGCUUUCUCUGUUAAUAAAUAGUUUCUA